AUGGUCGAUGGGGACUGCUGGCUCAUUGAGGGGGACAAAGGCUAUGUGUGGCUGGCCAUCUGCAGUCAGAACCAGCCGCCGUACGAGACUAUCCCGCAGCACAUCAACAACACCGUCCAUGACUUGAGAUUGAAUGAGAACAAGCUGAAAGCUGUGCUCUUCAUCUCCAUGUAUCGCUUCACCAACCUGACUGACCUCAACCUCACCAAGAACGAAAUCAGCUAUAUUGAGGAUGGAGCCUUUGCAGGACAAGCCAACCUACAGGUUCUUCAGCUGGGCUACAACAAGUUGACAAACUUAACUGAGGGUAUGAUGAGAGGGCUCGGCCGCAUGCAAUGCCUCUUCCUCCAGCACAACCUCAUUGAGGUUAUUGCCAGCAAUGCAUUCUGGGAGUGCCCCAGCCUCAACAGCAUUGACCUGUCAUCCAACAAACUUGGCCGCAUUGACCCAUCCACAUUCACAGUUCUCAGCCGGCUGAUGGUGUGUGAACUGGCAGCGAAUCCGUUCCAUUGCGGCUGUGAUCUUUACAGCUUCCUCACCUGGUUGGAGUCCUUCAACAAUGUAACACACACCUACGAUCGCCUCCAGUGUGAGACGCCCCGGGAGAUGUUUGGCUACCCGUUACUGAUCGCCGCUGGCCAUGCCGGUCAGAAUGCCAAAAACAUUUUGUACCAUCGCUGCCGAGAUGGAGUGAUGAUUCCAGGAAUGACCUCUCUCCCACCAGAUCUGGACGGUCCUUCCGGGAUGGGACCAGAGAUGUUUGGUGGUGUGGGGCCGUACCACACCACCUCUUCCUCAUCCACCGAACACAGCUUCAUUCCCAGCAUCAAGCUCCAUCAUGUCUCUUUGUCAUCAGCCUCUCUCCUUGUGCAGAUUCCAAGGCCCUACAGCAAAAUGUAUAUUCUGACACAAUACAACCACACAUUUGUGUCUGACGUCAUGAAUCUGAAGAACAAGAAGGAGAUGAUCACCCUCAACAAGCUCAAGCCGCACACCAAUUACACCUUCUGCGUAGCAUCCAUCCGAAACUCUCAACGUUACAACCACACCUGCCUCCAGUUCUCCACCCGGGCUCAAAAUCAGGAUGACACGCCCCCCACAUCUUCCACUACUACUCACUACAUAAUGACCAUUGUCGGCUGCCUUUUUGGCAUGCUCAUUGUCUUAGGCUUUGUCUACUAUUGUCUACGCAAGAAACGGAUGCAUGAUGAUAAGAGGAAGUCCAUCUGCGUCAAGAAAACUAUAUUGGAAAUGCGCUAUGGACCGGAGGUGGCGGCAGCAGUGGCAAAUGAUCCAUUGGCAGUCCACAAGCUUCAGGAGCAGUCCAGAGAGCAUCACCAGUAUCAGCACCACCAUGGAGGCAAACUUCCCAUGUCUGCAUCCUCUAGCUCGGGAAUGCUCCACUCAGCCAACACCAGUUCCUCCAGACUUUCCUCUAUCCCGCAAGUUGAAAAGAUGGCCACUGCCUUUUCAGAGGCCAUGGCAAGUAAAGGAAACUAUAUGGAUAUCAGAACUGGAGGGGCAGGCAUGGAGCGGUUGGGAGAUGGUGGGCAUGGAGGAAUGGACCUGAGGGACGAUGAUGGGACUGAUGUUGGGGAUGACUCCGAUGAUGACGGACAUGGCUCAGCAUCAGAGAUUUCCACCAUCGCCAUGGAGGUGGACAAGGUUAACCAGAUCAUUAACAACUGUAUUGAUGCACUCAAACUGGAUGCAGCAGCAGUUGCUGCUUCAGGGGCCUCUACUAACCUUACAUCCUGCUCCAAUCCCACCUCCCCUCCCCCCACCAGCACAUCUUCCCUUACUCGUGGCCUAAUCCCACUCUCCCAAGGGGUGACAGAGAGUUGCCAGGCCAAUGCUCCCAACAAAAUCCCCCCUCCACCUCCACUCCCUGCCUUAAAUGCCCCCCUCUCCGAGCGCCCAGGGAUCAGUGGUGGUGGCUUUGUCAUCACUCCGCCCUACAGGCCUCCUCCACCAGCAACUGCUGUACGGCCCAUUCAGCGGCAAAUGAGUGCAGAUGCAGCUGUGGUUAAUGCAAAUUCUGUCAAGAAACAGUGCAGCACCACCUCUUGUGGAUCUAUGGGUCGGGACAGGGAUCGUGGAGGAGCUAGGGUGUAUAGCCUGGAUGUUCCUGAGCCAAGGAGCCCGGAUGCCUGUAAUCAACAACAGCAGCAGUACUCGGACCGGGCCAGUCCUGUGGGCUGUGGGGAACCCCUGGAAAGGCUGCCUCUAGUGGGGAGUGGGAGCUGCGGUGGAGGGGGUGGUGGUUGCGACAGUGGUGGUCAGCAGCAGCAGCAGCAGCAGCAGCUGGAGGUGCAGCAGGACUACCACUGCUCGGAGCACCGCCACUCCGUCCCAGCUCUUUAUUAUGAAGGCUCCCACCAAGGCUCCCCGGCCCAGAAGGUUUCCUUCCUAAAGCCCCUGACGCGCUCUCGCAGGGAUGCAGCAUCUUACUCCCAGCUUUCGCCUGCCCGCCACCAUUCCAGUUACUCUGGCUACUCCUCCAGCCCAGAGUACUCCUCGGAGAGCUCACUGCGGAUCUGGGAGCGCUUUCGUCCCUACCGGAAAGGCCAGCGCGAUGAGGCCUGUUAUGUGACGGCCGGAAACGCCCUUAGAAAAAAAGUGCAGUUCGCUAAAGGCGAGGACCUGCAUGACAUCCUUGAUUACUGGAAGGGGGUGUCAGCCCAGCAGAAGCUGUGA